GGUGGCCGUGUGGGUAACUGAAAGCGGCAGCUGUAGCAGCAGCAGCAGGAGGAGGAGGAGACAGCAGCAGCCACAACUCAAGCUAAACUUCUUAAGAGUGCACUGCCUGAAGCAGGCACGACAGGGGAAAAAGGAAGGAGGGCGCAACUUGGAGAGCAGAGACCGACAUGUCUCCUUUUCUCCGUAUUGGAUUGUCCAACUAUGACAGCGGUCCCUAUCUCCCUUCCCAAGGAGAUGUGAUCGAUCCGUAUUGCGCAGUGAUAGUCAAGGAAGCAGUGGAGUCGGAAAACGGCCAAUCCUACGUCCAGAAGAAGCCCACAAUGUACCCACCUUGGAACAGCACUUUCGAUGCUCACAUCCACAGGGGGCGCGUAAUGCACAUCGUUGUGAAGGACAAGAGCGCCGAAAUGGUCGCAGAAACGACGGUGGAACUCAAUUUGGUUGCAGAGAAGUGCAAAAAGAAGAAUGGGAAAUCAGAAAUUUGGCUAGAACUGAAGCCACAAGGCAGAAUGUUAAUGAACGCAAGAUACUUCCUGGAAACUACUGAUGAUCCAGAGUUUAUUGACUGUGAAAAGGAAGGGUUUUUCUCUCUGCACCAACGCAGAGGAGCCAUCAAGCAAGCCAAGAUCCACAAUGUCAAGUGUCACGAGUUCACUGCUACCUUCUUCCCCCAGCCCACCUUCUGUUCCGUUUGCCACGAGUUCGUCUGGGGUCUUAACAAGCAAGGUUACCAGUGCAGACAAUGCAAUGCUGCCAUUCACAAGAAGUGCAUUGACAAAGUAAUAGCAAAGUGUACGGGGUCAGCCAUCAACAGCAGAGAAACCAUGUUCCACAAAGAGAGGUUUAAGAUUGACAUGCCCCACCGAUUUAAGGUCUACAAUUACAAAAGCCCAACGUUCUGUGAUCACUGCGGCACUUUGCUCUGGGGUCUGGCGCGGCAGGGUUUGAAAUGUGAUGCCUGUGCCAUGAACGUCCACCACAAGUGCCAAGCCAAAGUGGCAAACCUCUGCGGCAUCAACCAGAAGCUCAUGGCGGAAGCGCUGCAACUGAUCGAGAGCCGGCAGCAGGCUAGAAGCUUGCGGGAGUCAGAGAAGAUCUUGAGAGAAGGACCUGUGGAAAUUGUCUUCCCUGGCAAAGACCCGACGCCCGCUGCUCCUCCCGUGCCAGCACCUCCAGCAGGGAAAAAAGAGCCUCAGGGAGUUUCCUGGGAAUCCCCUGCAGAAGACGUCCCCGGUCCCGAUUCCCCGGUGGAACUGGAACCAAGGAAAGACCUCCCUGCUCAGCUGCCGAAGUUUACCAUAGAUGAUUUUGUUUUGCACAAAAUGUUGGGGAAAGGAAGCUUUGGCAAGGUCUUCCUUGUUGAGCUGAAGGACACGAACCAGUUUUUUGCCAUGAAAGCUUUGAAGAAGGAGGUGGUGCUGAUGGAUGAUGAUGUUGAAUGUACCAUGGUGGAAAGGCGAGUCCUCUCUCUGGCUUGGGGACACCCGUUCCUCACUCACGUCUUCUGUACAUUCCAGACAAAGGAAAACCUCUUUUUUGUAAUGGAAUAUCUCAACGGGGGUGACCUGAUGUUUCACAUCCAGAUCUGCCACAAGUUUGACAUUGGCAGAGCGAGGUUUUAUGCUGCUGAAAUCAUUUGCGGCUUGCAGUUCCUUCAUUCUCAAGGAAUCAUAUACAGAGACCUGAAGCUUGACAACGUUCUCCUAGACAAGGAAGGGCACAUCAAGAUUGCUGAUUUUGGGAUGUGCAAAGAGCACAUGGGAGGAGACGCCAAGACAAGCACAUUCUGUGGAACCCCCGAUUAUAUUGCACCGGAGAUUCUGCUGGGGCAGAAAUACAACACGUCCGUUGACUGGUGGUCCUUUGGGGUCCUUCUCUACGAGAUGUUGAUUGGUCAGUCUCCCUUCCAUGGUCAGGACGAAGAGGAGCUCUUCCAGUCGAUCCGCAUGGACAGCCCGUUCUACCCUCGAUGGCUUGACAAGGACGCAAGGGACCUUCUUGUGAAGCUUUUUGUAAGAGAACCAGAAAGGAGACUGGGAGCCAAAGGGAACAUCCGCCAACAUCCCUUUUUCCAAGAAAUCAACUGGGAAGCCAUUGAAGCGAGAGCAGUCGAACCCCCUUUCAAGCCUAGAGUGAAAUCCCCGGGCGACUGCAGCAACUUUGACAAAGAAUUUCUGAACGAGAAACCCCGGCUGUCGUGCGGGGACCGGAGCCUCAUCAACAGCAUGGACCAAAACAUGUUUCAAAGCUUUUCCUUUACCAACCCCAUCAUGGAAAAGUUGCUCUCCCGAUAGUCCAGUGCCCUGGGAUCAAGGUGGCUUCAAGAACAACAAAACAACCAUGGCCUCCCAUCUCCCAAUUGGCCAAAGUCAUGCUUCUCAUCAGACGACGGAGGUGGUGGCCUGGAUCCAAAGGUGCCCUUCUCCCGGUGGAAAGUCUCUUCUGCUAACAGAAGGGCUACUUCCGACCUGGCAUGAGA